AUGGCGUCGCUCGUCACCGGCCCAGACGUCCCGGACCUCUACACAAAGGACCCUCCCAUCUGGGACCUGCUCGAGACCGCAACAUCGCAGGUACAGGACAGUACCGUCGACUUCUGCCGUCCUUACCUGGCUGGCGAAAUCCCAGAGUUCACCUAUAAUUCCCACGGCGUCCCACACCUCGACAAGCCCCGGCAUGCCGCCUUCCUGCGCAAGCACCUGGAGAAGCUACCGGGAGCUUACAUGACGGCCGAUGCCAGCCGGCCCUGGCUCUUUUACUGGUCCCUCAACGGGCUACGUCUGCUUGGCCAGGACGUUUCCCAGUUUCGUGACAAACUCGUUGACACGGCAAGGUCCAUGCAGAACGAGUCUGGCGGCUUUGGCGGCGGAUUUGGUCAGAGAUCACACCUAGCAACAACUUAUGCUCUCGUCUUAGCACUCGCUCUGGUGGGCGGCAAUGAGGCCUGCGACGUCAUUGACAGGAGAUCCAUGUGGAAGUGGCUCUCGGCACUGAAGCAGCCUGAUGGCGCGUUCCAGAUGUCCUUGGACGGCGAGGUUGAUGUAAGAGGCGCCUACUGUGCGGCGGUUAUCAUCACAUUACUCAACCUCCCGAAGGAGAUCUGGCCUGAAUCACCCGCAGCGAAAGCAGGAUUGCCAGACCUAUUCACUGGCCUUGCAGAUUAUGUUAGAAGAUGUCAAACAUAUGAAGGCGGAAUAUCGGGGAAGCCAGAUGCGGAAGCCCACGGAGCCUAUGCCUUUUGCGCCCUCGGUUGCUUGGCCAUUCUUGAUACACCAAGUCGCAGCUUUCCAAAAUAUCUCGAUAUACCACGGCUCAUGUCAUGGCUCUCUUCUCGGCAAUAUGCACCAGAGGGAGGCUUUAGUGGGAGGACGAACAAGCUUGUCGAUGGCUGUUACAGCCACUGGGUGGGGGCCUGUUGGCCACUGAUCGAAGCCAGUCUGCAAAGUACCCCGGUUGAAACAGGAUCAUCAGAAUCAGUCACAAGUCUCGACAUGUAUGACCGCGAGGGCCUCAUCCGAUACAUCCUCAGCUGUGGACAAGACCAGAGCAGACGUGGCGGCAUGAGGGACAAGCCUGGCAGACCAUCAGAUGCCUAUCAUACAUGCUACGUCCUCAGCGGACUUUCCUCCGCACAGCACAUCACCGUGUCCUCCACGGCAUCAACAUCGGUCGAAGACGCAUCGGCUACGCAUAGUACCCUCCCUGGAGGCGUAGGCUGGGAAGUCUUCCCGCACUAUCCAGAGGUCCAAGUGUUCGACGAGGCGGACCGGAUCGCCCCGAUUGACCCCGUGUAUACUAUUCCGCUCCAAGAUCGGGCAACUUUCAUCAGUUACUUCAUGUCCAAGUCCGGUUUCUAG